GAAGUCGAUGUCGCUCGGGCGCGCCGUCGCUAGAGCUUCGGCCGGGGAGCGGAUCCAGCUCGGCGGCCGGGCCGGACGAUGGCAUCGCUGGGGCUGAGCGAGCGGGAGCAAGCCGGCUGCCGCGACAUACUGGAGUUGCUUGAGACCGAGGAGCUGAUGGCGCUGACGGACACCGUUACGAACCGUCUGAUACAUCCGGAGAACCGCCAAGAGGCCAUUCAGGCCAUCUUGAUUUACAGCCAAAGUGCAGAAGAACUUUUGAAACGAAGAAAAGUAUAUCGAGAAAUAAUUUUUAAGUAUUUGUCAGUACAAGGAAUUGCAGUGCCACCUUCCUCCGAGAAACAUCAACUCAUUGCCUGUGUAAGGCAGUACUGGGGCGGGAAGCUCACAUCAUGUGUCUCAGAGUCAGGGGACAGAACAACACGUGCAGAGAGUCAUGAAAAGAGGCAGAAGUCACAGGAUGAUGUUCGUAAUCUAGGAGGAGAAUUCUGCCAAUGGUUCUUUGAACUCCUGAAUUCUCAGCAUCCUUUGGGAGUAAAAUCUGAAGAAACGUGGGGACCACAGCAUUUCUGGGAGAAUGCCAAAAUGAAGUUCUGUUACAACACAGUAGAAAAAAAUGUGGAAGAAUAUGAUGGUGCAGAAAUGGUGAGCCUUCGUCUGCUCUCAUUGGUUAAAGAAGAAUAUCUUCUAUUCAACCCUAACUUGACUGCUGAUGGACUGAAAUGUGCCAUGUCUCGCCAUGGGUUAGUAUUGGUAGCAGUGGCUGGCACAGUACAUAGAAGCAAUGUGUGUUUGGGUAUCUUUGAACAAAUUUUUGGACUCAUUAGGUGUCCAAUUAGAGGGAAUACCUGGAAAAUAAAAAUUGUGGAUCUUAAAAUAGUUGGACAGAAUGCUCUGGAGCCUGGAAUGCAGAUUGAAAAACCCGCCAUCAAAUACGAGUCAAAUCAGCUGCAGGAGUGGUACGAUGGGAAAGAACUGGCAGCGCUCGAACCUCACAAAUAUGAAGCAACGCUUUCAAAAUUGGGUAACUGACUUACAGUGCUUAGUAGAAGAUUGAAAUGAUUGCAGCAAUGUGAUUUUGUCUCUUUCUUGAGUCAGAUUUGCUUGAUGACAAAUGGAAGUACAGAGUCUGAAGUAUUCAUACAGGCGAUGGUUGGGGUACCAUUUGGACAGCUAACAAACGUUUAAACAUAUUACUGUAGACUUUGUAACUAUAGUUGGGAAUGGAGUUACUUACAGAACGCGGGUACGUUUGAUUAUGGGAAGUUUUAUGUCAAGUUGGAUGACCUUGAGAUCACAAGCUGGGAGUUGCUUCUUUUCAGGAAACCAUUUUAAAGUCCUGUCUGAGUUAUAAGAGGACGUCCUUCCCUCUGCCCUUUUGAAAUCGGGGCUGGUGAAUGUCUGGAUGGUCUUUUAAAAGUCCCAAGAAAACCAUCUGCUGAUUUGGGAAUUUUUGGAGGGAACGGGCAGAAUGAAGCAAAUGGAGAUGCUGCCUAUUCAUUCUGAAUGUGAUUCCUUUCCCAGCCUGUAGUAGUAGCUCACCAGGACAAUGCAGAGGUUAGCACUGUUGUAUCCUUUAUUUUCUUUCGCUUUACAGUUCCACCGUUGAGAUGGUUUCCCAGGCAUCUGUGUCUAGCACUGCCUCUCUUGGAUCAAAUGGUUGAUGUUAUGACUUACAGACUUAGUGUCUGAAGCAAAUGCUUUGAUAAUUAUUUUGUAUAUACUUGCAACAGAGUUUCUAAUAUAAUAAUUGUAAUUUUUAUAUGUUUUCUCAAAAUUGGAAUUUCUGUCUAUCCUAGCUCCUUUAUUAUAUUGUCCAGACAAUGGGAAUUUACAAGUGGUGAUAUAAAAUAAAUAAAGGAUCUAAA